GCUUAGUUUUAAAGAUGAUCAGAAUCUUUUGGCUUUGAUUAGAAACCAAGAAAAAAGCCAUGAAACAGCCGAGCAAAUCCAAGCCCGGCACCAAGCUAAAGAACAAAAACGAAUCCAGGAACUUAAACAAAAGUAUGGGGCCGACUGA